AUGCAAAAUAUCAAUUCCCGUGAGCUCCGAAUCAAAAUCCCGCAGAUCAAUACAGUACCCCUCUCCCUUCUCAUUUAUCAGUUAAUCUACCGCGUGCUCUUCUGCUACUUCACACUACACAAAUUUCACGAUUCAAUUCAACGUUUCCUUCUUCUUCCUCUCAUCUCUUCGCGUUUGUCUGUGAUGACUCAAUCAAUGUCGCACAAGCCUCUGGACGCGCGCCAUUCCAUAGACUCCUGCAUGUUGCAGCUCCGCACCUGGAAACCCUUCAAGCUCCAAGAUGGGCCCCACCCCAAACCCUACUACUACAAGCGCCCCUGCCUCUCCGAUCGCGCAACUACCUCGUUUUCCCUCGACAUGUCCAAGCUCACCCUCGCCGAAGCCGACGAUAACACCACCACCAACAACAACCCCAACCACCGUGCCACUAAUUACCGCCUCGUCGCUCGCAAGAGGCGCCGCCGCGGCUCCCGAUCUGUGUCCGGCCGCAGCAGUGAUCGGAGUGGCACGCGUCGCUGCUGCUCCGUUGGGGCCUCCGCUGCGUAUGGCACCUGCUCCGACUUCCCGGUGGCUAUGGGCACUGAUUCCAGCGGGGAGCUCUUCGGGAACGGCGACGCGAAUUGGUCUUCGGAUGUUAGCGAGGCGAAGAAUUCAAGGAGGGAGAGAGAGAGGGAUGGCGAGAGGGAGAACGUGGGUGUGGGGUUUGGGGUGAGUGGGAGUUCUGACGCGAAUGGAAAUGAAUCGGGGUAUGGGAGUGAACCGGGUUAUCGUGGGGAUGCUGAAUUUGGAUAUGGGGAUGAGUUUGAUGAAGAAGAGGAUGAUCCCAGAUUGUUGUUUUGGGGCGACCAGCUUGGAGGUAAAGCUUCACCCGUUUUAAUUCCUUUCUAUUGCAGUUCUUUUCUACCUUCUAUGAAACUCGUGAAUGAUGUUUGCUGUGUGCAUAGUCGCCAACUUGUUGCUUUGUUUUUCCUUUUGUUGAAUUUUUCUAGUAGGUGCUACUGGUGA